UGGCGCCACCCAGCUUGAACAGGUAUUUUGCACUAUAUGCUUCGAAGAAGAACCCUAAUUUCUGGCAUUUCUGCGCAAAAUCCGUUAGGAAAUUUGAAGUAAAUGGUCUCUUUAGCAGCUAAAUCAGUUAAACUUUUGCGGUUGAGUACCUUUUCAACCUUUCGAUUCCGCUCUCUCCUCUCCACACCCCAGACUGAGUGUGCUUGGAGAAGGACGCGGAGCAUUCAUACAUCAUCAACCGUUGAAGUUUCAGAAUAUGCAUAUGAUGAUCAUAUUCCGGAUGAUUCCAAGGUGACAGAGAAAGAUACUGCACUGCGUAUGGCUCUAUCGAACCUUUCAGGGGAAUUUGGUAAAGAAUCAAUGCUGUCAUUGCAGCGAUUCUUUGGGGCUAGAAGAGCCCCUGUGAUAUCCACCGGCUCAUUGAGGCUGGAUCAGGCUCUUGGUAUUGGUGGACUACCUAAGGGGAGGAUGGUAGAAAUUUACGGGCAGGAAGCAUCAGGGAAGACAACACUUGCAUUACAUGUUAUUAAGGAGGCUCAAAAGCUUGGAGGUUACUGUGCCUAUCUUGAUGUGGAGAAUGCAAUGGACCCUUCACUUGCUGAGUCAAUAGGUGUUAACACUGAGGAUCUCCUUAUUUCACAGCCAGAUUCUGCUGAAAAUUUGCUGAGUGUGGUGGAUACAUUGACAAAAAGUGGAUCGAUUUCUGUUAUUGUUGUUGACAGUGUAGCAGCUCUUGUUCCUCAAUGUGAAGUUGACACUUCACAAUGUGGUUCCUCCAGAGAUCUUCAAUCAAAAAUAAUGACCCAAGCACUACGGAAAAUACAUUAUUCUCUAUGCAACUCCAAUACACUUAUUAUUUUUAUCAACCAGGUAAGAAAAAAUUUGAAAUUAGUUGAAGGCUCUGUGCGUGUGGAUGAAGUAACCUGUGGUGGAAAUGCCUUGAAAUUUUAUGCUGCUAUACGUAUGCGAAUUAGCAGAAAGGGAUUGCUCAAGACAGAGGAUAAGGCUACCGGUCUUGGGAUUUCUGUGCAAGUAGUUAAAAACAAACUCGCACCUUCAAUGGCAAAAGCUGAAUUAAGUAUAAGAUUCGGGAAAGGAAUCUGCCGCAAAUCAGAGGCCUUGGAUUUGGCCUGUGAACAUGGUGUCAUAGUGAAAGAUGGAAGCAGGUACUUCAUCAAAGGAAGAGUCUUGCAUAGUAGAGAGGAAGUUUUAAGGUAUCUGGGUGCAAAUGAUGGGGCUUUGGAUGAUGUAAUCAGAACCUUAAGGUGUCAUUUGUUUGAGAGAGAAAUGGUCCAAGGAAAUCAUUGAUCACACAACCUCGACGCAAAUAUUCUUGAGCCACUUCUUACAAGAACGUUGAGCGAAAAUGCAUCCGUAGAUUCUCUGAGCUUGAUUCUAAAUGGAUGAAACUGUUUAGGUGAAACUGUUUAAGUUUAUCAAACAUCUGCAGGCAUUAAUUAUAUUGUUAUCUGGUUAAUGUGAGAUUGUAUAAUGCAAACAAAAUUGUGUAUUGUAUUACUCAACCUUUUUACUAUGUACAUUGUCUGGUAACAUUUCUCUAGUGUUAGAAUUUGGCCUUUCUUUCUUUCAGUACCGAAAUUAAUGUAAGGAAAUAGGCUUCCAAUUUAAGACGGGAACUCUGAUGUAAAAAAGUUGCAAGAAGAUAUGCUUCAUGCCUGCAGUA